GAAAGCGUUACAUCCAAUUCUAUCAAUUCUUCUGGCUUCUCUGGACCUUUUUCAUCAUGGUAUCAUGGCAGUGUGAUCUUAGGGCAAACUUGAUGGCAGCAGAAUAUGAACCUGAGAUCACUUCAAUGGAACAAUUUCUCAAACAAUCAAAAAGAUCGUUAUAUGUUAUGGUAAAUUAUGUAACUAUGGAGCAAUACCACUCUGCUGUUCUAAACGGAUUAAAGAAACAAGGGAGGCAUUUCAUUCGAUAUACCGAGACUGCAAAUUCUAUUACUGACAAUGGGGGUUGUGUUGUGGUUGAUGUGAAUAAUAUGAGACAUACAAUAACUCAACAACAGCUUGUUAAUGGAAAGAUAACUGUAUCCUUGUCUACGGAUAAUGGGAAUGGAAUCAUUGUACCAAAAGUAGUCUUGGGUUGGAUGUUGCAAAGAGAUGGAGAACAUAUUGAAACCAUUCAGAGGUUUGUCACCCGACUCUGGGAUUCAGGUCUGAUGAUCCACAUAGAUAGAAUACAUUUUGGAAGAGCUCUUAAAAUAAGUGAAGAAGAGUCUGAACCUGAACCCCUGUAUAUGGAGAGCUUCUAUCUAUGUUUUAUCAUUUACUCUGGAGGGUUAGUAAUUGGUGGAUUUGUAUUUUUGUAUGAGAUUUGCAGUGACAAGAAUAAGUCUAAUAUGGUGACAGAAAUAAAAAAUACUAAUGUAAAUAAAUCAGAAUGAAACUGUCAAACAAAAAUUUUAUUUAAUAAAAGA